AUGUCGAAAUACCAGCUCAAGUGGGGCAUCUUAGCCGUUGGAGGCAUCGCUGAGACAUUUGCUCGGGACCUCACCGUCUCUCCAGAGACCAGAGGUGUGAAGGAUAUUGAGCAUAUUAUUGUCGCUGCAGCAGCCUCGUCCUCCCAGCAACGAGCCCAGGCGUUCCUUGAGAAGGUCGGCGUCAGGAAUGCGAAGGCAUACGGCUCGUACAAGGAGCUCGUACAGGAUUCGAACGUAGACAUAAUUUACAUAGCAACACCACACAGCCAUCAUUACCAGCAUGCUAUGCUGUGUCUUGAGGCUGGGAAGAAUGUGCUCUGCGAGAAGGCUUUCACGACGAAUGCUGCUCAAGCCAAGAUCUUGAUUGAGAAGGCGAGGGAGAAGAAUCUGUUCUUGAUGGAGGCGGCAUGGACGAGAUACUUCCCUAUAUCUCAAUAUGUCCGAGAUCAAAUCCGAUCUGGAGCGAUUGGGACAGUGCAAAGGACGUUCGCGGAUCUCAGCUCAAUCGUGCCGGCUGGUGUGCUAAAGGAAGACAAUCGACUGAUCAGCCCCAAACUGGCUGGAGGCGUGCUCCUUGACACUUGCAUUUACUCUCUGACCUGGGUCUUCCAGACGCUGUACUCCACACAAGACAAGCCAUCGCCUCCGCAAGUCUUGAGCUCAGCGAGGAAGAACAUCGCGGGUACUGACGAGCAUACCUCCAUUCUGUUGACCUUUCCGCGACAGCAGGGCGGAGAUGCGCACGGAAUUGCCACUGCUAGUAUGCAUGUUGCUAGUGAUGCAGACGGGACUGGCUCUUUACCGGCGGUGCGAGUGCAAGGCACAGAUGGGGAAAUCCAAAUCUUCCAUCCCUGUUUCCGACCGACAAAGAGCAGACUCGCCCGAUCAAAUGGCAAGACCGAAGAGAAAGAUUGGCCGCAACUAGGACCAGGGAAAGGCAGCGGCUGGUGGAACGGUUUCGGCAAUGAAGUCGGCAAAAGCAACAAUGCAGAAGGCGAGGGCCAUGGCAUGUUCUGGGAAGCGGACGAAUGUGCGUAUGCGCUCAAAGAUGGUCAUAAAGAAAGUCGAGUGCAGAUGUUGGCGGAGAGUCUGGAGGUGAUGGAGGUGAUGGACGAGGUGAGGAGGCAGAAUGGGAUUGUCUUUCCCCACGAUAUUGAGACGACAGAUUAUCCUGUUGAGAUAGCGAGAUGA